CUCCUUCUGACAGGGAUUAAGUGUGACACGGAGCUCCUCUCACACACUCCGGAUCCCAUCAUAACUUUUGAGAGGUGGGGAAACGGCUGUGGCUUCUCCUUCAGUCUGAGCAGCAGAGGCGAGAAGGACGCGCACCGGGUCACCGAUGGAGAAAUCAAAAAACUUUCGCAUUGACGCGCUUUUAGCAGUCGAUACACCCAAGGCGCAGACCUCGCCGCUGGCGCUUGUCACUUCCCUGUCUUCCUCCUCCUCCUCCAUCCCAUCGUCUGGAAGUGUGGCAGCCGCGGAGCUGACCACCAGUGCCGAUUCUUUACGCGCCGACACGCCGUCUCCGCCGAGGAUUUCCACCUGCGGGUUGAUUCCCAAACCGGGUUUCCUCAACAGCCCGCACAGCAUGGUUGGAUUACAUCCGCAGAGCACGGCAGGGAUUCCAGCACAGGCUCUCUACGGUCAUCCCAUGUACACCUACUCGGCUGCUGCGCUUACAGGCCAACACCCUGCCCUGUCCUACUCCUAUCCACACGGCUCCCAUCACCACCACACCAGCGAUCCCAUUAAACUGACAGCCAGCACCUUCCAGCUAGACCACUGGCUCCGGGUCUCCACGGCCGGGAUGAUGCUCCCCAAAAUGUCUGACUUUAAUUCUCAGGCGCAGUCCAAUUUACUUGGAAAGUGCCGAAGACCAAGAACUGCAUUCACGAGUCAGCAGCUGCUGGAACUGGAGCAUCAGUUCAAAUUGAAUAAGUACCUGUCAAGACCAAAGCGCUUUGAAGUGGCCACCUCCCUCAUGCUGACAGAAACUCAGGUUAAAAUCUGGUUCCAGAACAGACGCAUGAAGUGGAAGAGAAGCAAGAAGGCAAAAGAGCAGGCCGCCCAGGAGGCCGAGAAGCAGAAAGGCUCCAAGGGCGGCCAAGAGAAAUCAGACGGACUCGAACAGUCGGAUUAUCACAGCAAGACGGACUCAAAAAACGGCAGAAUAAGAGAUUUCAGGGACAGUGACGACGACGAAGGCGAAAAUUUCCUGUACAACUCGUCAGACUGCUCUUCGGACGACGAGAGGAAUCACAACAGUGACAUAAGUCCGCAGCCUUGAAGCUUGAAGCAAAAGGGCGAAGGCAGCGUUUUCCAUUUCUAGUGACUCUGGGGGGGCUUUCGCUGUAAAAUGCAGUUAGAUGCAUGUAAUCCAACCUCUAAUCACAUACUUGGAAUUGUGGAGAUCUUUGUUUUUGUUAUGAAAAUAAUAAAAUGUAGGUCAAGAAUAGACCCUCGUGUCAUAAACAAGCAAUAAAGCAGAAGAUUUGCGGUUUAUAUCGUGCAGCAUCCGGCUAUAGGUAAAACUGUGAUAUAGCCUAUUGCAUGGUUAUAUGCAAACGCUGUAAACUGGCUCAGGAUUUUGCAAUAUCCACCUGCUGUGAUGGUUAGUUUAUCAGCAAUAAUCUUUCAAUUAUAUCCUAUCCUAUAUCCCUUACACUAAAUAGUGGCUCUUUUAUUUUUGUUCUUUGUGAUGUUUUACUUCCUCAGUGCCAUAUCACACUGGAAAAAUGUUAUGUUUAUUUUUCUAUCUGUAUUUAUAAAACAGUCAUACAUCUGCAUGCUAAAUUAUUGUUUAGCGUCUUCGCAAACAAUGUGAAAUAAAGUGUUUUGGGG